GAAUUUUACAAGGUGUUAUAGCAACUCCUGGUUUUGGCAUGGGAAUAAAUAUUAUAGAUAUUCAUAAAGUGAUUCAUUUAGCAUUUCCUUUAAGCAUAGGGAAUUACAUACAAGAAAGUGGAAGGGUUGCAAGAGAUGGAAACCCAGGCCAAAAUAUUGUAUUUUUUUCUUGUUCAGACUUACACACAUUAUUUUCAGUAAUAGCAGGUCAAUCAGUAAAUAACACCUUUUGUAACAAUUGUGACAAUUGUACUCGUAGACAAAAGGACAAUCCAAUUCAAUUUGAUGUAGAGGAGGAUGCCCUGCUAAUGGUAAAAAUUGUGAGUGUCCUUGUAAAUGAAGUAUCUGAAUUGACACACACUGAUAUUGGAUAUGUUUAUACUUCAGCCAAUAAUAGAGAACAAUCACAGGCUCUUUUUUUGUUAGAUGAUUUGAUUAUUCGUGGUAUUGUAACUUAUAAUAUUAUUUCAAAAUUAUCAAAAACUAAAAAUUUUAUUAGUGGAAAACAUCAUCUUUCUCAUAACAUGUUUAUUAAUGGUAUAUGUGAAGGUGCAGAAAAUAAAGUAAAAGAAGGGAAUUGGAAAUAUUUUUUAAAAUAG